UUUAACUGUUUAUUUUAUUAGUUUUUAACAGAUUUUAUCUAUAAAAGUUCACUGUAUUACUAAAAUGGAAACAACAAAGAUUUUUACAUUUUUUAUCUCGUUUAUAUUGAUUUUGGGAAAUACCGCGGCUACUUCCGAAGAAAAGUUGGACAGAAAACUACAUUUUAACACAUUUGAUAAAAAUGAUUACAAGAAAAUAGCAUCGAAUAUCAACGCAGGUGAAGUUCAACGCAAGCCUAUUGUGCUUGUGCCUGGUGUUCUCGGGAGCCGAUUGCAAGCCAAGUUAAAUUUGAGUUAUUCGCCAGGAUGGCUUUGUGAAAAAAUACGAGACUGGUUUGAUAUUUGGUUGAAUAUUGAAGAACUCACACCGUUUUAUGUAAAUUGUUGGGUUUAUGAUAUUAGUAUGAGGUACGACAAUCGAACAAAAAAGGUCGCGAACCAGGAAGGAGUAAAAACCAGGAUAUUAGAUUUUGGAAAAACUGAAGAUUUUGAAUAUUUGGAUAGUGAUCACUAUGCCCCAGGAAGUCCGUACUUCACCGAACUCGUAGAAUCUCUGAUCAAGUUUGGAUAUAAGCGUGGAGAUGAUUUAAAAGGUGCUCCUUACGAUUGGCGAAUCACUCCGUCACAGAGUACGGGUUUUCUUCAAAACCUAACUAAACUGAUAGAAAAUAAUUAUUACGAACAUUUCAAUCGUAAAGUUGUCCUAAUUGGACAUAGCAUGGGAAAUAUGUUUACGUAUUACAUGCUACGCACGAAACCACAGGAAUGGAAGGAUAAAUUUAUCGAUUCAUUUAUUUCCAUUAGUAGUCCGUACAUUGGCUCAGUAAAAGCAGUAAAAGCCAUCACAUCUGGAGAAACAGAGGGCCACGAUUUUGCUCUUCCUAAAUUGAAGCUAAGAACUGCAACUCGUACUUUUUCAUCAUCAUACUUUCUUCUACCUCGCCCUAAAUUUUGGCCAAAAGACAAACUUCAUGUUGUUGAUACAUUGAUUAAAAAUUAUACAGUGUUUGAAUACAAGGCUCUAUUUGAAAGAAUCGGCUGCAAAAAUUGUUAUGAAAUUUGGGAUAAAUAUGGCACUGAACUUGGGGAUAUGGGACCUCCAAAUGUGCCAGUACAUUGUGUUUAUUCAUCACAAAUACCGACACCAGAACUUUUGAUUUACGAUCCCGAUUUAUUUCCUGACGGUACACCGGUAUUAAAAACUGGCGACGGUGAUGGUACAGUGAAUGUUUUCAGCAGUUCAUAUUGUCUGAAAUGGAAAAAAUCACAGAAACAGCCUGUAUAUGAAGUAUAUUUACCUGGCAACACUCAUGUUGAAAUUCUCAACAAUGCAACUUUACAUAACUACAUUAAAAAAGUGGCAACCUUGAAUCAAGGUGCUAAACUGGACAGGUUCGACACCUUAUAACACGUUUCAUAACAUUGACAAUUCGCAUACUUCAGGUGGUCCGACAAUUCUACUGUAAUUAAUUUAUUAUGCACUUUAUUCAUGUCUGGUUCAGUGUUAAAUAUAUGAAGUAACAACAAAAAUGUAUGUAGAUUCGUUUUGUUGGACAUAUUAUGUUUGGAAUAGCCACCCCACACCCAACAAUGAAAAAUAACAGUCCAGCCUAAAUAUGUCCAUUCCAGGCAGCAUAUUUGGUUCAGGUGUUCACUUUUGGUUUAGUUUUUUGCCUUCCAAAUGUCCAUUAUUCCU